UAGGCUGACAUGAGUCUGAACAAUACCUGCUUUGAUAAUCCAAUACAAAGUACAGAAGUAACAUUAGUUUACAGUUUUAAUUAUUGGCUUUGAAUCCACAACAGCCGGAGAACAUCGAGGGUCUUGUUUGAGAGGUCUCGGCAUGGCUUCUAUUUUGGCCAAUCACAGCGUUGAAGCAGCACUAGAAAAGUAUCUGCCAGAAGAGGAGCUCAAGGAAGUUAAGCGCGUGCUUUAUGGCCGCCCCGUCGAAGACAUAGGAAGUGAGCUACCGCAAGAGGCGCACCAAUCGGCAAAGGAUCACAACUUUGCAUUACAGGCGUAUCGCAUUGCGGCACCGCCAGAGCAGAUCCGCUCGCCUCGUCUCGUGAAAAUCGGCUUGAUCCAGAACGCUAUCGUGAAGCCGACCACGGCACCACUGCAAGAGCAGCGUGCGGCCAUACAUGAGCGAAUCAAGUUGAUAACUGAGUGUGCCGCACAGGCCGGCGUCAAGAUCUUGUGCUUUCAGGAAGCAUGGACAACUCCGUUCUUCUUCUGCACGCGUGAGAAGUACCCGUGGGUCGAACUGGCCGAGUCUGCCGAAGAUGGCCUGUCCACAAAGCUUUGUCAGGAGCUAGCCAAGCAGCAUAACAUGGUCAUCAUCUCACCUAUCUUGGAGCGUGACUCGGAGAACAUGGACAUAUUGGCCAACACGGCUGUGGUGAUUGACAACCACGGCGUCGUGAUGGGAAAGAGCCGCAAGAACCACAUACCCAGGGUGGGCGACUUUAACGAAUCAACAUACUACUUUGAAGGUGACACGGGCCACAAGGUCUUCCAAACUGAAUUCGGUCGCAUUGCCAUCAACAUCUGCUACGGUCGACACCACCCGCUCAACUGGAUGAUGUAUGCAAUGAAUGGCGCCGAGGUCAUCUUCAACCCAUCGGCAACUGUCGGCGCUUUGAGUGAGCCAAUGUGGCCUAUUGAAGCCAGGAACGCCGCCAUUGCUAACAGUGUAUUCACAUGUGCCAUCAAUCGAGUUGGAACGGAAGCCUAUGAGCAUGAGUUCACGAGUGGAGAUACCAAAGCAGCUCACAACGAGUUUGGAGAGUUCUAUGGCUCCAGCUAUGUAGCUGCGCCGGAUGGUUGCCGUACACCUGGCCUCCCUCGUAAUCAAGAUGGCCUUCUCGUGACAGACGUCGACCUCAACCUGCAACGACAAAUCCGCGACAAGUGGUGUUUCUCGAUGACUGGCCGCUAUGACAUGUAUGCGAGAGAGCUCACUGCGUUCACCAGUGGCGAUUAUCAGCGGCCAAUUGUGCAAGCUCCCAAGCAAUGAUCAACUAGCUAAGCUGGUGUAGUCCUCUCUGAGUUCGUACCGGAUCACAAUAUCCUGUGAUCUCUGCUGCCAAUUUUAGCAUGUUUCAUUUACCCCAAAUUCCCAGGAGCAGCGUCCUCGAGCAAGAAUAUUAUCAGAGUUUUGUCAAAGUCUUCAUACUGAUUCCUAGCCGGAUGACCUGUACCCGUUACACCAUGCAACAGGAACACACACACAGCCACACAUGGGCAUCAUCCCCACCAUGCAACAGACACACACACGCAGGUACACAUGGGCGUCAUCUACAUUUUUAGAUGCAAUGAUUCCCAGUAGGUAGGUAGAGCUUGUUUUAGUGCACAUUCCUUAGACGUGUGUGGUGUUUUAGGUUUUUAGGCGAGUGACACGCGUGCCUGUUUUUACCUGGUACAGUAGUUACUAAUUUAGGGAUACCCAGCUGCCACUGUAUCAGUCUUGUGUCUGCUGUGCAGUACUUUCUUUUGGAGUUUUCUUCUGAUAACUAAUAAGAUAAUUUUAUGCUGUUAA